AUGGGUGCCACUACUCCAAAGAAACAGGACAAGAAGAAGUCCAAAAACCAACUUAGAAGAGAGCGGGCGAAAUUUAAGAGGCAGGAGAAAAGCGGCAAUGUUUCGACUUCCAUACAGGAUAUUGCACCAGCCUCUACCUCGACUGGAGCCGUCGAAUCAAGCGUCAAAGCCACAAGAGAGUCACAACCUGCAGAGCCGGAAUUUAUAGUAGAUGAGUCUAACAAGGCUCUAGCUGAAAUGUACAAAGACAUUUUGAGAAAGUUUGAUCUUUCGAACAAUGUAGAAGGAGAUGAACAGGAUCAGGAACUGGAACUCAUUACGCCAACUGGAAGGAGCAAUACCCACAUACAGAAAAGUGAAGAUGGAAACAAAGCUACGGCGGAGAAGGAGAACGUGAGGCAAACCGGUGAUUUUGAUAAGACUGACAACAAGCCAUUGUCAAAAAGGCAAUUGAAAAAACUUUAUUCAAUUCCUCUAUAUGUUCUUAAAAGUGAGUCCAAACGACCUGAGUUGAUCGAAUGGAUGGAUGCAAAUGCUCAAGAUCCAAGGUUGUUUAUUUAUUUGAAAACAAAAAGAAAUUCAGUUCCCGUGCCAAGCCACUGGCAGUCGAAAAAGAGCUUUCUUUCAUCUAAAAGAGGCGUCGAGAGACCUCCAUUUGAACUUCCUGACUUUAUAAAGGCAACAGGAAUAUUGCAAAUGAGAGACACCAAUGGUGGUGAAGAGGAGAGCACAUUGAAGCAGAGAAUGAGGGAAAGAAUCCAACCUAAGGUGGGGCAGCUCGACAUUGACUAUAACAAACUAUAUGAUGCUUUCUUCAAAUAUCAAAAGAAGCCAAUGAUGCUUAAAUUUGGUGAAUUGUACACAGAAACGACCAAUAACGAUGAUCUCAUCUUCAAAGACAAGGUGUCUAAAAUGAAAGUAGGACGAUUAAGUAAACGCUUGAGAGUUGCACUUGGAAUGAUUACAGAAGAUGGGAAGAUCAUCUCAAAGCUACCACCUUGGUAUAAUAAGUUGAAACAAUAUGGUCCGCCUCCAAGUUAUCCAUACAUGAACAUUGACACUAAUGGUAAAAUCACCAUCAAAAACACUAAUGAGGUCAAUAUUGGUCCUCCUGUCGUAUCAAAACAUUGGGGAACUGUUAUCAAUGAUUUAGAUGAAAGCGAUGAAGAGGGAGGUAAUGAAGAAGCUAAUGAAGAAGACGAAGCUAACAAGGAAGAUAAGAAAAAUAAGUUUGCUCCUGAAAAAGGGGAUAUUAUGCUUAAAACUUUCGGAGAAACUCCACAGGACUAUAGUAGACUUGCCAAAACAACUAAUAACGACCAGCACCCUCCAAAACUAUACCAAGUCUUGACGAACAAGCCAGACAGUAAAAACACAAAAAGCAUAUUUGGUCAACAGGCGCCAUCAUACCAGCUUUGA